UUCAAGGCAACUGCUUUUAUAUUGACAAGCAAAUCAUGGAAAUGAUCAAUUCUUCGAGACAGCCUAACAUCUCUUGCUCAAUUUAUGAAGAGAUUAAGAUGCAUAUUUGCCUUUAUCAAUCUGUUCAUGAUAUACGGAUAUAUGUUUAGUAAAAAUGACUAUUCAGCUGUGGGCAACAAUAUGGUAAAGAUUCAUACAAAACACAGGUUUACCCCUUAUGUACUAGGUGAUGAUGAGGCUUGCUAAGGACUAAGGACCCUACGUCAUUAUUCGUACGCUGCCAAGUUUCUGCUUACCCGUUUCUAAUGUUGAACCAAGACACUCGAGCAAACAAUUGAUCGUAAUAAUCACAUAUAUAAAGUCGAUUGGGUCUCAUUACCUGGGCAUACUUCAGAAAUUUAAGGCUUUGGAUGAAAUACUGAAUAAGUCACGACUGCAAUAAUGCCAGAUUCCCUACAAGUAGCCCUUAAGAAUACCAGCGAUUCGGACCAAAUCUACGCAUAUGUUACCGGGAUAGCCCUCCAACAUGGUGGCCAGCGAUGCAUCCUUAAGGCCGACGGACAAAGCCUCUAUUUUCCGGAGAACCCGCCCGCCAUCGGCUCGCCCCUGACGGAGGACUGCGCCAUUCCCCUCGGGCCGCCGGGAAACACCGUUACGGCGACCAUACCGCAGAUGGCCGGUGGCAGGAUAUGGUUCUCGCGAGACGGCAAGCUCACGUUCCUGCUCAACCCCGGGCCGGCCCUGGUGGAGCCCAGCGUGCUGAACCCGAGCGACCCCAACGCGGACGUCGACUUCGGCUUCUGCGAGUUCACGCUCAACGACGCGCAGCUGUACGCGAACAUCAGCUACGUGGACUUCGUGCCGCGCCUGCCGAUUGCCAUGUCCCUGGAGCAGGCGAGCGGCGAGACGCAAGCCGUCGCCGGCAUGGCCCCGGACGGCGCGGACCGCCUCGCGGACGCGCUGCGCCGGCAAGCUGGCACGGACGGCCGGCCUUGGGACAAGCUCGUUGUCGAGCGCGGGGGCCGGGUCCUGCGGAUCCUCAACGCGACGCACGGCGGCGCCGUCGGCGCCAGCUUCGACGGGUAUUUCGAAGCGUACGUGGACCUAGUAUGGGAGCACUUUCUCGCGAAGCAGGAGCGGGGCGAAGUCCUAAGGAUCGACACGCAGGCCGCUCCCGGCAUCCUAGAAGCCGAGUUCGAUCGCGAUUCCGGGGUCCGGAUCGGGGAGGAGAAGUUCGGAAAGCCGACGACGGCGGAUAUCCUAGGGUGCAAUAGCGGGCCGUUCGCGACGGGGCCGUCGCCGACGCGGAACGCGAUCAUCCCGCGCCUGGCGGCGGCGUUCGUGAGGUCGACGCUGCUGGAGACGGAUGAGCAUCCGUCGCAUCCGCGUACGCUUUACCAGGUCGAUCCGACGAACCACUAUGCCCGCCUCGUGCAUGAGCAUAAUGUUGAUGGGAAGGGGUACGCAUUCGCUUAUGAUGAUGUGCAGCCGGAUGGUGGCGAUGACCAGUCGGGGAAGGUGAAUGCUGGGGACCCGGUCCUUUUCACGGUAGCGGUUGGGGGCGCAGAGGCUCGAUAGGGAACCGCUUUGAAAUUUCUCUAGGAAGGGUAUUUAUAAGUGUUAUUUGGUGUCUUGGUGGUGUAUUGGACGUGGCGGGACAAGGAAGACCUCCUAGUUGAGUUGGCUCGUUGAUUCUUUCUAGGGCAUAAUACCUAGCUUAAUAGAAUUACCUAUAUCUACCCAGGCACCUAGGUAACUACGUGCCAUUAACACUUCAUCGUUUCUGCCAAAUAACGAACCUUUUGAAAUGGGCAACGUUUACCAAUUAAAUGAAAGGAUCCAAGUUGAUUGCAUACGAGGUCACUAAAGAUUCUUACUUACCUACCUAAAUAAACGUCUUAAAUGGUACGUAGAGGGGAUUUAGGAAACUGGAUAAGAGAAGAUUGGGAGACAAUUGAGUAAGAUGUUUAGAAAGAUGGAAAACUAGGUACCAGACUGAGGAAUCGAACGAAGAGAUUUAUGCUCUCGGCUUAACUCGGGGAUUUUGUGCCACCAAGG